AAGUUUAUGUAUGGCUUUCUCCUUUUUCUGUAAACACCAAAAAUCGAAAAUCUUAAUUUCGAAAAGGUCGCGGAAUAAGAUAGGUGUCUGAGAUCCACCCGUGACCCGUGACCCGUGAAGCCACUCACUCACUCAUUCGUCUAAAAAAAUCUCUGACUGCUUUGAGUGGGAAAGAAGGCUACGCUCCCCAAAGACACACCUUUUCUCAGUUUUCCCCAUCUUUCACUCCGUACACUUUUCGUCCAUCGGAAUCCAACGGUCCUGAUUUAUUCCCCCCACACCUUUUCCUUUAACUCGGGUUCUAACUUCCAAUUCCAUUACACUCCAUCGUGAGAAUAGUCAAUGGGGUCUCUGUGCUUCCCUCUAUUUUUCAUUAUCGCAGCUUCGGGCUUGUUAUUGGGAGCAGAAUCAAAGACAUACUGGGGAGAUGCAGAGGUUCUGAAGCAGCUGAACCAAGGUCUGGACCCAGGUUCGGUAAACGCAGGCUCUUGCGUCAGUUCCUGGGACUUCACUUUUGACCCGUGCGACAACCUCUUAGGCGACAAAUUCACGUGCGGCUUCAGAUGCGACGUCGUCGUUUCGGGGCUGAGCCGAGUCACGGAACUCGCCCUCGACCAAGCCGGUUACUCUGGCUCCCUCUCCUUCACUUGGAACCUUCCUUAUCUACAAACCCUCGAUGUCUCCAACAAUUACUUCUAUGGCCUCAUUCCGGAGUCCUUAUCGAACUUGACUCGUCUACGCCGACUCAGUUUCUCAUCCAACUCGUUCUCCGGUGAAAUACCCUCUUCACUUGGCCUCCUCUCCAACCUUGAAGAACUCUACCUCGACAACAAUAACCUACGAGGAACAAUCCCAGAAAGUUUCAACAACCUCGUCAACCUUAAAAGGCUUGAACUUCAAUCUAACAAGCUCAACGGCCACCUUCCCUACUUGGGUUCCCUCGGAAGCCUUUACUACCUCGCCCUCAGCGACAACUCCGUCGCUGGAGAAUUGCCGGAGUCACUCCCCGUUUCCUUGGUUCAGAUUUCAAUUAGGAACAACAACUUAAGCGGAGGGUUAACCUCUGAAAACUUGAAGAAUUUGAUGAACUUGCAGGUAGUGGACUUGAGUUCCAACCAAAUGAGUGGCUCUGUUCCUUCCGUUCUGUUCGAGCUUCCAUCGCUGCAACAGUUAACACUGUCCUUCAACGAAUUCUCCUCCGUGGAAGCGCCUUUUUAUGGAAUGGGAUCACAAAGCGGGCUCAUAGCGGUUGAUCUGAGCAACAACAGGCUAGGGGGUAUUUUGCCGUCGUUCAUGGCCCUGAUGCCAAAGCUUUCGUCUUUGUCCUUGGAGAAGAACGAGUUAACGGGUCUGAUACCGACCCAAUUCGCAGUGAAAACAGUUUUCCCAGAAAAUGGGGUGUCUCCGUUCGAUAGGCUUCUAUUGGGGGGAAACUACUUGUUGGGAGGGAUUCCACGGCCUUUAUUAGCGCUUAAACCGGAUUCUGCUAACGUGAGCCUUGUGGAUAACUGCUUGUAUAGGUGCCCUCAUAGCUUCUUUUUCUGCCAGGGUGGACAACAGAAGUCGUUUGCCCAAUGUAAGAGAUUUAGCCGUCAUCGCUUAACAUGAUCAUCCUCAUUUUCAUGUACAUUUUGCUUUUCAUUUGGUUUCAUUUCUAGACUCUCCCCCUUUCUCUUUCUCUUUCUCUUUCUCUUUCUCUUUCUCUUUCGCAGCUUCUUUGUUCAAUUCGUGUAUAAUUUUUGUUCUUUUCCUUGCAAAGGUUCAUUAGUGUGCUGAUUAAAAAAUUUAAACAUAAAAGUUUUUAUUAAAAAUACUUUAUAAAAUAUUUUUUUUAAUGUGUUCUUGAUCUAUAUACUUUUUAAUGAAUAUUUUUUAAUGCAUUAGUUAACUAAAUCACACAAUUUUUUUAAGUUUCUGAAUUUGGUUGUUGAUUUAUGAUGGUGGGAGAUCUUGUCUUAAAUGCAAGACAAUCAUGAGAAGGAAUUAAGCAGUGGGUAGGUUAUGAGGAUUAUAUGUAUGCUGUGCUUCUGGUCAACGCUGAGAUGAUGAACGGCUAGAUUGUCACUUCUUAACGUUGCAACCACGUGACCGUGGGGAUGGGCAAUGGACCACGUUCAGACGCAUCGUGAUUGAUGGCCAUUUUCUUUAUGUAGUUUUCAAUCAUCGAGUAUCGACCAAAAAAUAAAUCAUUGUGAGUAUUUGGCCCAGAAGAGAAACAGAUCCCAGCUGCAAACUGCUCCAUCUCCGUAUUCGGAUCAAGCCCAAUUUGUAGUCCAACGUCAAUCUAAAAUACAUAACUUGAAAAUAAUUAGAUACUCGUAAUUUUAAAAAAUAAUUA